GGGGGAAGUCAGGUGACUCGGGCGGGAAGUUUGAAUGCUGCCAGAAAGCGGAAGCGGCUGUAAAGAUCCGCGGUUGAGGGAAACACGGCAACGGGCCGGAACCGGAAUAGUGUGUGCCAGUCAGUGUGGGCAUGUAUGUGCCGGGUGCCGGCAGUCAUGGCAUGUAAACCCCUGCGCAGCCAGGGAGCGGUGCUGAGAACAUACGGGCGCUUACGGACCGUUCGUAGGAUUCAGACCCAGACCUGGCUCUCACCUGCCGACCAGAAGCACCUGUUCUCUAGCUCCUCCUCCCUCCUGUCAUCUUCCCAGGAGCCUUCCUCUUCCUGUGACCCCGACUUCAGCCCCCCGAAACACCAUAGAGCCAGAGGCAAAGCUCCUCCCAGCAAGAAAGCAGCGGAGCCGGCCUACAGGAAGCGCAAGAAAAAGGGGCGGAGCAAUGUCGGUGCCGAUGUGCAGGAGAAAGAGAAUGGGCCCCCUUCUGAAAGGAAACCGGCUUCCUCACUCACUAUCUCAACGCCUUUUAGAAAGUUUGUGACUGUUCGUCGUAAAGCACCAACUCGGUGUAAUUCAGUUAAGCGUGGGAGGAGAACCCAAGCCAAGAAUAAGGCGGAGCACACUAUCAUCUCUUCUGACUCCACCUGUGACUUUGAUCUGUCCCGCCCCUUCCUGAGAAAGAAGAGGAAGCUGUGCCCAGACAUUGGUAGUAUUCUGCGCUCCCCCACAGAGAUAAGCCACAGCCCUCUCCAGAAAUCCCCCCUGCUCUCUAGCACCCCGUCUGUGCUACUCAGGGCGGGGGUAGGGAGGCAGAAGCCCCUGUGUGAGACUUUGGAGGAGAGCGUAGUGAGGAGCUGCCCUGCAGUUAAGGAUCAGCUGGAAACGUUCAACACCAGGCAAGAAGAUUUUGAACCAAUAAGAAGCAGCAGGAGGGCCACACAUGCACAACAUCUGACACGUGGCCAAUGUGCUAAAGACAGUGGGACUGAUACCAGAAACGUUCCAGACUUUAUAAGUAUAAGCUCCCAGUCAGACCAGAGAGGUCUCCCAUGGAACCACACAGGAGCAAGGCCUUCUGGGAAUGGAUCUUGCCUCCUUCUUUCCUCUUUUGCACCCGUCACAAUUUCUUCUUCUGUGUCCCAGUCUGUUAUCUGCCUGGAUGAGGACCACCAUAAGGGCCUCCCCCCGGGGCCACGUAGUAGUCAUGUUUUAUGCUUGAGUUCAGAACUCUUCUCAGAGGAUGAUUUUAACAGCGAGGCAGGGGGGCAUGGGGAUUGUGGGGCUAGUGACCACUUCCUGCAGGAGGAGACUGUACAUGAGCAGCCAUUGGUGGACCCGGCUCCUGUGCUGUCCUUCAUGGGUGUCCCUUUGGGUGCAAGGUCCAUCAAAAGAAUGCAGCCGUUUGUGAGAUUAAAUUCUGACUUGGUGACACAAUAUUUCCAAAGCAGAAACGGAUCUUCCAUUUCUGCACUGGCAGGUAACCGGGCAGAACACCAUAUUGUGGUACCAAUGUGCCAGGUGUUUAACCAUUCAAUGGUACCACCAGGAGAGGCUGGGGAGAGGUCUCAAGGCCAAAGCCAUAACCAUGCAAUGGUGCCACCAGGAGAGGCUGGGGAGAGGUCCCAAGGCCAAACCCAUAACCAUGCAAUGGCACCACCAGGAGAGGCUGAGGAGAGGUCUCAAGGCCAAACCCAUAACCAUGCAAUGGCACCACCAGGAGAGGCUGGGGAGAGGUCCCAAGGCCAAAGCCAUAACCAUGCAAUGGUACCACCAGCAGAGGCUGGGGAGAAGUCCCAUGGCCAAAGCCAUAACCAUGCAAUGGCACCACCAGCAGAGGCUGGGGAGAGGUCUCAAGGCCAAACCCAUAACCGUGCAAGGAGCCAGGAGCCCAGUACCUGCUCAUGGCGAGACUUAUCCAUCAGAGAAAUGCAGCCAGUCUUGCGUCUGGACCCCAACUCCAUGACAAAAUGUUUCCUCCAAAAUGGAAGCGAGACCAAGGAGAACCUUCCCACAGAUGCGGAGCUAACCUGGGGCGGGCAGUGCCAGCAGAACAGGCACCCAGAGACCUCAAUUCUACUUGCAGAUGAUGAGGCAGAUACUUGCUGCCCUAAAGGCGGUGCCGAGAUAUCACAGCAUCGGGCCAAUAACCAUCCAGCCAGGCUGCAGUGCCACAACUCUAACCAUACAACUACCAAGGGCUGGGCCCAUCCUCCUACAGGUUCUUCUGUUGGCCCCUUGCAGCCGGUGGUGCGCCUUGACCCAAGUUCCGUGCCAAAGUACUUUCUGCAGAGGAGCACUGUGGCCUUGGAUCCCCACAGUGAGGGACACCUACCCACAGAUCCAAGUGGCAGGAAGUUACACAAGAGGUUGUGCGCUUCCCCUUUAUUAGAGUCCAUAACCAAAACCCCAAAUCUGGCAGAUAGUCACAUUGAAAUAAAAGUGCAGAGCUGCAGAACCCGUGCUCAGGAGACUGUAGGUACUGGGAGGAAAGUCUGCAUCAGCGGCUUCAGUGCCAAAAGGUGGGGAAAUCGCCUCAAGAAAACAAGGGCACAGCAGCAGCUCUCCUUCCGAGACAGCAGCGACUUGUCCCUACGCGCGUUUAAGGAGCUGGAUCCCUCGCUGGCUGCGGCACAGUCCCCUUCUUCUCUCCUCCUUUCUUCUUCUCUCUGGAACUCCUCCUUCAUGAACUCCUCGGCUGUAAUGAAUAUGAGUCUGUCCCCAGGAACGUCGGGCCCAAGGGACCCCCAGAGGGAACGACGGCAUUGGCUUCGCCUGCGAGCGGCGCUCUCCCUGCACCGCAAGAAGAAAGUACAAGCCACUGAGCCACUGAUCCACCCCCCAGAGAGAAGCCUUCACUUUGCUCUGUACUCACCGCAGAGUCUCAAUGCCUCUCUGACGUUACAGACCUCAUCUCUGCUUUUGCUCUCCUCGCGGUGCGCUUCUGCCGGCGCCGAUGACCUUAGCGACGCAGAGAAGGUGUAUUUGGAGUGCCAGCAAGAUGGGCCAAUCCCGUUCAGCAGUUGCCUAACCCAAGCCCAGCUUGCCUGUAGCCAGAAGAUUGGGGAAGGGGCAUAUGGAGAAGUGUUCAGGACAUUCAGGGGGGAGCUGCAGGUAGCCCUCAAGGUCAUCCCCAUCGAGGGCACGCACAGGGUUAAUGGGGAGGAGCAGAAAUGUUUCUCUGAAAUUCUUCCAGAAAUUAUCAUCUCUAAAGAGCUGAGUUUGCUGAAUGAAGGGAAAGAGAAUAGAACCAAUGGCUUUAUCAGCCUGCACUCGGCCCAUUGUGUGAAGGGGUGCUACCCCCCAGAGCUGCUCCGUGCUUGGGACCAGUUCGCAGAAGAGAAGGGGACAGAGAAUGAGAGGCCUGACAUGUUCAGCCACGAGCAGCUUUUUAUGAUUCUGGAAUUUGAAUUUGGAGGAACUGAUCUUGAAAACUGCCAGCUCCCCUCGGUGGCGGUGGCGCGCAGUGUAUUACAUCAGGUGACUGUGGCAUUGGCUGUUGCAGAAGAGGAGCUGAGAUUUGAGCAUCGAGAUCUGCACUGGGGCAAUUUGUUAAUAGAGACGUGUUCCUCCCCGACUAUAACUGCCUCUCUGCACGGAGAUCCUAUCACCAUCCCCACGUCCGGGGUUCAAGUCAAGAUUAUCGACUACACACUGUCUCGCCUUGAUAAAGAUGGACUCACAGUGUUCUGUGACCUCUCUGCGGAUGAGGAGCUCUUUCUCGGUGAGGGGGAUUUGCAGUUUGACAUCUAUCGGGCAAUGAGAGAAGAAAACAAGAAUGCCUGGUCAGCCUAUGGGCCGCACUCCAACGUCCUGUGGUUGCACUACCUGGCCGACAAGCUGCUCUCGGCUGUGCGCUACACCAGGAAGCCAAGCUCCGCCCCUCAGCGCCGGGAGCUCCGAAAGCUGCAAGAUCUGCGCAGAGAAAUCCGCAAAUUUGGUUCUGCUGGAGAAGUGUUGGGCAGUAAGCUCUUCCGCUAGUGACCAAUAGGCUUCAUGGUGUGAUGGGAUUGGCUACAGGGGACCCAUUCUUCAGGUGCUGCUGGGAAAUCUGUACUUCCAUUUGCUUUUAUUAUUGGGACCCUAUCACUGAUAAAUAUGCGUUAUAUGUGUAUUUCCUUUUAUUCUCUUUAUAUAUUACUAGCCAUAAGGGAGAAGGGACAGGCCCAUAUACCCACCCUUAUAGCUGAAUGUGAACUUGCCCACUGCCCAAAGGGAACAGCAGGGGGCGCUCCUGUCAUGCAUGGCAAUAACUAUGUGAACUGCAAACGUCCUCAUUAGCGCUCUUAAUAAAAACCAAUUAGAAACAAU